GGAAGGGACUCAGAGUCGCCACUGGGUGGAGCCCUGCAGGUGUCUGUGGGGCUGGUGCUGCGGCUGGGGAGGGUGGUAGCAUGACUGGGAAAGAGCCGCUGCUGGGGACCCUGAAAGCGUGCAUCCUCGCCAUCAAGGAGGGGAGCAGCCCGUGCACUGAUGCCUCCCCGCACCUAGCCCCCUUCUGCGAGAUCCUGGAAACGAUCCUUCGAAAAGGAAUUAAACAGCUGGUGCUGGGCUUCAAGAGACGGGAUUAUUGGCACUGGUUAGAGCAGCUUCCUCAGCAGGAUACCUGCAGUGGGGUGACCCCCUUGUCAAUCAUGGUAGAGAAAGCCAGUUCUUGUGAGAAGGUGCUGACAGCACAGGGACGAGGGCGGUACUUCCUGCGCCUAGCUUUAAAUCAGAAGUCACUAGCUACUGCCAUUCAACAGCUGGCUCGGAGUCCAAAACUGCUGGAGUGUUACGAUCCUCUGGUCUCAGUGCUGGGAAAUGAAGAUUUAAUGGAGCCGUUCCUCUCACUGAUGCUAGUGGUGUCAGAGAUGAAUUUCUCCCUGGAUCUGCAGAAUUCCAGUUUCUUGGAUGAAAGUUGGCUGCUGCCGGUGUGCGUGACCUAUGAGACUGUACCCUGCAGAGAACUGGGGAUGGUGCUCAGGUACUUGGACGGUCGGAUCUUUGUCAUCGAGGUGCUUCCCGAGAGCCAGGCAGAGGUGGACGAGGUGGUGCUGGUUGGAGAUGUCAUUGACGAGAUCAGUGGCUUUUCCCUGAGAAAUGCACGCAAUGGACAGGCAGGGACUGUGCUGCAGAAGCUGAAGGGCAAGCCCCUGAGCUUCCGCAUCAUCCGAUGGAAAUGGCAUGACGGAGGGAUGUACAGGCCGCUGCUGCCCUACCUGAAAGUGCUGAGGGAGAAGGUCCCCAGCUUCCAGCUCCAACAGGAACACAGACACAAAGAGGAGAAGGAGGAGCGGUGCCUGCAGGGGGGCAGGCUACUGUACAACUUGCGGUACCUGGGCCAGGCCAAUGUAGGAAAGUACGGUGGCAAGGAGGUGCUGGACGAAGGCAUACCCACAGUGUUAGAGCAACACCUGUGCCCAAGGGAAGUUUUAUUUGACGUGAAAGAAACUGAAGUCUUCAUACAAGAGAAAACCUCUUCCAAGGUUCUGUUCCAGUACCCCUAUCCAGAGAUCUCCUGUGUGGGUCGCCGUCUGGAUAGCAACAAUCUUUUUGCAUUUUGUGUUGCAGUUUCACCAGGGACCCCUGAACACAGUACCUUUGACUGUCUGGUGUUUGAAUCAAAUUCUGAGAAUGAAUGUGAAGAAAUUAUCAAGAGAAUCGAUUAAUCAUUCUGUAAAGGGGAAGAGGGUGCUGGAGCCACCCUUAAAGAGUUUGUAGAAGAGUAACUGGUAAUAAGUGCUUGUUCCCUCAGCUGCUGGAUUUAAACACACCGAAUGGUUUGUCUGAUGAGAAGGGGGAGUGAUGGCUCUAGCUCUGAGCAUUCUCCAGGCACUCCAGUGACCCACAUUUGGAGCCCUGGGGACAAUUCCAUCCUAUUUUCAGAGGCUAAGACCUUGACAAUGGAUUAAGAGGCUGUCUUCACCUGUAACAUGAACUGAAUUUAGGAUUUUAUUUUUAAACUGUCCAAAUUUUGGAAGGAAGUGUUUCAAAUGCAUCUCUGAAAGCCAAGCCUAACUUACUGCCCAGUCUCAACAUCAUAAACUUUUUCUUAAUUCUCUAUGGAGAGUUUCACUAAAAGCUUUCAAAGUUCUGUGGAAUAAAACAUGGGAAUAACAUAGCUGUUCACAGUGUCAGUUUUUCCAUGCUUGACUUACUCAGUGUGGAUGCAAAUGUUUAUAUAACUCAGGAAAAGACAAAUAACCUCCAUCCCCACAGCAAGUUAGACAGGGCAGCAAUUUCCAUGUUAAGAGCAGCACUGUAACUUGUAGUUAACCUUUUCUGUAUCUUUAAUUAGAAGUCAAAUUAAGUUAGGGCUGCUACCAGUAGCAAGUGCUUAAAGAUAUUACUUUUAAGCAGUAAAAUGUUUUAGAAUGUCAUCUAAGUCCACCCCCUCCCCCAGUUUUAUUAGCAAGGCUUUUCUUUCUUCUGCUUUCUGAUGGAAAGUUGAAAGCAGGGAAGAAGUUGUUUAAGAGCAAUUGUUCCAGGGAGAAAAAAAAAAGCAUUAAAAGUGAAACCAAAUUGAGAUGGGGGAAUUUUAUUCCAUCUAGAAUUUGCUCACAACCUGUAACUUAAAUAGGAAGAGUCAAAUUUUCAAAAGCACCUAAACUUUCACUGACUGUCAAGUCAGGAGACUUGUCCAACUGAGAUAUCAGCUAUGCUUGUUCCUAAAAACUUAACUCUGAGGAAGAUACAUACUUAAAGAAAAUUCAAGUGACUUCAACAUGAAGUAAGUUAAAAACCAUUCUCUUCUGAACCCCUAAUAUCUAUAGUUUAAUGGCCUUAGCUUAGUCUCAACUUAUUAAAGCCUUAACUUUUUCUGGAGCGUGUUUGGUGUGCUUUGGUUUUGGGGGAGAUUAAUGUCUACCAAUGCACCUUGAAGGGGGGGGUAGCUUAACUCCCCCUCAAAAAACAAACCACACACAUUUUGCUACUGUGAUUUAAGGACUAGGACGAAGCUCUGCCUUCCAGCCUAGACAAGAGUAAUUACUAAUUUAAAACAUGACCUUCACAAGAGCAGCCAGAGAACAAGAGCUCAAG